CUUCACUCGUUCUUUGGCUUUCCGGAGGCAGAGGUGACCGCAACGAGAGCGCGAUGCCUGAGCCCGCUAAGUCAGCGCCCGCCCCUAAGAAGGGCUCUAAGAAGGCGGUGACCAAGACGCAGAAGAAGGGCGACAAGAAGCGGCGGCGCAGCCGCAAGGAGAGCUAUUCUAUCUACGUAUACAAGGUACUGAAGCAGGUGCACCCUGACACGGGCAUCUCUUCGAAAGCCAUGGGAAUCAUGAACUCCUUCGUCAACGACAUCUUUGAGCGCAUCGCGGGUGAGGCUUCGCGCCUGGCACAUUACAACAAGCGCUCCACCAUCACCUCCCGGGAAAUCCAGACUGCUGUGCGGCUGUUGCUGCCUGGUGAGCUGGCCAAGCACGCUGUCUCCGAAGGCACCAAGGCAGUCACCAAAUACACCAGCUCUAAGUAAAGCGCCUGGACCCAGCUGCAGGACCUGUUCGGCUCAACUCAAAACCCAACGGCUCUUUUCAGAGCCACCCACGUUCUUCCAAAAGAGCUGCUAUUGCUUCCGAGAUACCCACGAUAUUUUCUUGUGGAUUAUGGUAGCUUGCAUUAUCGUGUGUAAGGUUUGGAGAUGCCUUUAAAACAAUAGUUUUCAAAAUA